AUGUGUAUUACUGAAUUCUUGUGUGCAGGUGAGCAGCUUGUUGUGUUCGACUUCACAACAAAUACAUCCUGGAGUUUUACCCACGCUUCCAUGAGCUUCGAUGACGACAGUGCGUUUUCAAUCAAUGGCCAGUCUUACAAUUUCUCACUGGGAAUCAACGGUAUAGCCCUGUCUCCAACCUUCAACUACAUUCCCACCUGGGUGUUGCGGGACAAAGAUGCGGAUUUCGUGGGCAACCUACGACUCGUUGGGCAAAAGAAGUCUAACUCUGAUGCUCUUCUGUUUGGACACCGAGGCUUGUACUACGGAGCUUUGGCGCAUGAUGCAAUAUACAGAUGGGAAAUAGAAACAGACUUAAUGCAGCAGGGUGUACUUGAAGGAGAGGUCCAGCUGGUGACCGAAACGCCUCUGGCGCAGAACUGGGAGUCCUUACAGUGGCCCGAUGGGUUAGCCUUUGGUAACUACGAUUCAAGCAACUUGUACUACGUCAGUGCCCGCGCUCAGCUGUUUCAUAAUGGGAAGUUGAACUUUACUGGAGGUCAAGGUUAUAAUUAUAGAAUAGGCAAAAUAAUCGCUGUGGGCGAUGAAAGCUACCUCACAAAUUCUGGUCAGUACUAUACUUAUAUGGAUAUCAUCGGCUAA